CGCAGCCUCGCCGCCUCCUUCCGCCGGCCCCGCCGCCGGCCAUGCAUUCUUCCGGCGGCCCCGGCUCCCGCAGCCCCGGCCGGGGCCCGGCCAGCCCCAGGAGGACAGGACGGAGUCCGGUGUGAGAAUGGCUGUGACUUUGGAGGACGCUCCGUGGCUGGGCUGGGUCCUGGUGAGAGCCCUGCUGAGGUUUGCCCUGAUGGUCGCCAACAACGUGUGUGCUCUGCCGUCCUACGUCUUCUAUGUGAUCGUGCUGCAGCCCCUGCGAGUGCUGGACAGGCAGCUCUUCUGGUACAUUGAAGGACUCAUGUAUAAAUGGCUUAUAGGAAUUGUGGCUUCUUGGGGAUGGUAUGCUGGAUAUACAGUGAUGGAAUGGGGGGAAGAUGUUAAAGCGAUCUCCAGAGAUGAAGCAGUGAUGCUGGUGAACCACCAGGCCACGGGCGAUGUGUGCACUCUGAUGAUGUGUCUGCAGGACAAAGGACUGGUUAUUGUUCAAAUGAUGUGGUUGAUGGAUCAUAUUUUUAAGUACACAAACUUUGGAAUUGUUUCACUAAUUCAUGGAGACUUCUUUAUAAGACAGGGAAAAUCUCAUCGUGACCAACAGCUGCUGCUUCUCAAGAAGCACCUAGAAAACAAUUAUAGGAGCAGAGAUCGAAAAUGGAUUGUAUUGUUCCCAGAAGGGGGCUUCCUCAGGAAGAGGCGAGAAACAAGUCAGGCAUUUGCCAAGAAAAAUAACUUGCCAUUUCUUACACAUGUCACCCUGCCAAGGAUUGGGGCAACAAAAAUUAUUUUGGGUACGCUCGUAGCACGACAGGAAAACGGAGCUCCAGCAGAAGGAGGUGCUAAAGAACUAGACAGCAAAUCAAAAGGCCUCCAGUGGGUGAUAGAUACUACCAUAGCUUAUCCCAAAGCUGAACCCUUAGAUAUUCAAACCUGGAUCCUUGGCUACCGGAAACCAACAGUCACACAUGUACAUUACAGGAUCUUUCCAAUUAAAGAUGUACCCCUGGAGACUGAUGAUGACCUUGCUGAUUGGCUCUAUCAACGGUUUAUUGAAAAAGAGGACCUUUUAUCACAUUUUUAUAAAACAGGAGCUUUUCCACCUCUCGAGGGCCAUCGGGAAGCAGUUUCCAGGGAGAUGACCCUCAGCAAUGUGACGCUGUUUUUCUUACACUCUUUUACAUUUUUGUCAGGCUAUAUGUGGUACAACAUCAUGCAGUAUUUUUACCGUUGCCUGUUUUAGGAAUUGACUCAUCACGGUCACCAUAGAAGUUCAGACUUUCAUAAGUGUACGUUAUUUUUCAUGUGCAAAUCAGAUUAUUAAAAAAAAGCAAAGGAAAUUCAAUGGAUGGAUUAAUGCUUAUCCCCCUUUGGGAUAUUUUAAAACUCUCCUAAAAUGAGGAUCAGUAAUACAGUGAGCUGCUGAUACACUUUAAGAACUUUUCACGUUUUAAAAAGAUGCAUUCUACCACAUGUAUAAGCAAACAUCAUAUUUGGAGAAAAGAAGAUCAAAAAAUCAUCCUAGAAGACCGAGAGAAAUUCUGUUGCCACCAGAUAUACUUUAUAAUUUAGUUCAAGCUCAGAAAGUUGUAGUCGUUGCUCUUAGCUGGUAGUGUGUACAUCACCAGUGCUCUAGAGAACCCUCGUUUCCACCAACUCUUGCUAUGGGGGGACCUUGAGGGGAGCCCCUAGGCACUUCCUGGAGGAUGGUGUCCCUGUCAUUUGCGGUAACAAACUAAUCCUCAACAGCUAAGUGGAGUAUAGUUUCAGGCAUUUUCUGUUGGGGUUGGGGGAGUAGUGUUCAUUGGACAUGUUCCAGUACUGAAAUGUGCUCUUUGAAAAUCCUGCCCAGGCUAGCUCAUUCCAGCACCACGUUUACACGUGCUAGUGCAUCCCUGUAAGAGGGGGUCAGGGGAUUUACCCUUUUGUAUAAGUCACAUCAUAGACUGAUGAUUGUCUUUUACAAAAUACACUUUUAUAAGAUGCAAGUGUAGUGAAGGAUUAGUAAUGUAGUCUGAAAAUAAACGUAGGCGUAGUCAGGAUCCUUGAGGCGCUGUCUUGUCUCUUCACGUUUUACUUGUGAGUUGAUGCUCUCCAGCCCACCCUGCACUGGGCACCCCCGUUGCUGAUGUGGUAGUUCUAGCUAUAGCACAGAGCCUUUGUUUUGUUUUUUUCCAUUUUAACACACUAGCAUCAAAUGCAUCUGGGGGUGGUUGAAACAAAUUAACACAAAACAUCUAAAUGAUCAGUUUGAGAGGAAAUGAGCUAGUUUGUUAGGGGGAGAAAAAGAGCCAGGCCAUUGACUUAAAACGGCAACCUCAGAACCUGUGCAGACAGUGCUGUGGUCCAGCAUGACAUCAAGGAGCUGCCAGUCUCAGGGUAUGCGUUGUCAGGAAUGGGCCAGCACAAAAGCCUUCUCAGUCUCUUCCAGUUACUUCUGAAAAGGAUAAAGUCAAGUUUCAAUUUCUAGAAAAUAGGAUUUUUCUGUAUUUGUCACUGUGUGGAUACGAUUUACCUCGUGGGUGGACCAAACUCUUCUCAAACAGCAGUGCACUCCAUCAGGCAUGACCUGUGCUCCCAGGGUUGAGACAUGUGUGAUGCUUGGUCUGGAAUUUUAAGAGUGUUAAAGGCCAACGCCUUCCCGUGAUGUGAGCCUUUUGGAGUCCCCUGUUGUCUUUAAUCACACAAAUAAAAAUUUUGAUAAUUAGGCUGUAAAAUAAAAAUAAAGGCUAAUGUUUUCCAUCAUUAAAUAAACAAAAAAAAAAACUAAGAAGAUGUGAGUUUUCCCCCAGUUACAUGGGAGAGUUAAAGCAACACUGAAUGAAAGCCCACAGCAGCUUUACCUUUGAGCUAACUCAGUGCACACGUGGAAGAAGAGGGGAGCAUUUACUGAAAUACCUCAUUGAAUAGCAUGCCACUGCUGGUCAACCGCAGACGCCAGUGUUAACGCGCUUGGAUUGGUCACGUGUGUUGUAAGACGCCAUUGUUGGAUCUAAGCACUUCAUUGCAUGCCCACCUGCAGGGAUGGUUGUACAAGAGAAACCAAUCUUAAUUUAGAGAUGUGGAUGACGGGAGGAAGCCAAAUAGAAACUUAAAGCCGAUUCUGUUUGAGCCCAGCAAACACCACUGAAUUACAAGGUAAAUUGAAAUUGUUCAUUUGUGAGAUUAGUCUGCUGUCAGGGGAUCAAUUGCUCGCUUUCAAGUAUGGCGUGCACAGUCCUGGCUAAUAGACCUUCUCUUCAUUGCUAAAGCAAGCCACAAGGUGAAGCGGCCAGUUCUGAUGUCAAAAAUAAAAACAUCAUGCAUGCAUAUGUAAAUAUGGGUUAGGGCCACCUUGCCAUCACUGUGCUCCAGAGGCACUUGAUAUUGCUAAAUGUGUUGUACACAGACUACCCUGUAAGAUGCAUUGCUUUUCAAGUGCGGUAUCAUUUCAGCUGUCUCUAGAGUGACAGAUACCAAUAGAUGUGAGUUAAUUUUAAAAAAUAGACCUGUGAGUUGUAAACAGAUGUGUAUUUGAUCAGCCCUCUCCCUCUUUGAUUCUUUCAUCAACACGUUCUUUCUCUUCUACUGACAAAAUGUUUGCUUGAGAACAUGGAUGGAUGGUGGUUUCCUUGUGAGUACCUGGAGUUUUCCUGCCCGCAAAGGGAAAGACAACAGUGUUUGUCACACGGCAGCCUGGGGAAGCAGCAAUGUGCCACAGAACUGAAUAAAAACUCCCAGUGCUUGCUUGCUUUGUGAAGUGAGAUGAAAGGGGGACUAAAGGAAGAUAGAGGUUUUAUCCAGGGGGAAGAAAAUAAACUGUCAGUUUUUUACUAGUAGCUUGUAGAAUCCCAGCACUUCUCAGCCUCAGCUGGUCUGCCCAGAUUCCCUCAGCAGAGAGGGUUGAGAACUCAUGGCUGCAGCCCUGGUGUCAAGAGGUCCCUGUAAUGGGAACAUCCACUUGGCUACAGUGACUACAGAAGUGACAACCCAGAAGCUCACUCUUUACUUCAGAAACAAUUAUUGGUGUUAAAAUAUACACACAUUGUGGUGAAGCCUAUAACCGAUAAAGGUAAAGAAAAACUGUAGAACGGGAAAUAAUGUUUAGGUGGGCAAAAAAUCAGUUGAGAAUCUAAAUAGUAGAUUUUAAAAAAGAUAGCUGUAAGUUCAGGUCUGUCAUAUUAAAGUAGUUUUCAAUAUUAACAACCAACCCUUAAUUUUCCACAGUAAAGGUACUAGGAUUAAAGGAAUUAAUGCAGUAAUCACAAGUAAACCAAAAAUAAAUUUUUAUUUAGGAGUUUGAAUUUCUAUUCUCAUCAGAUUUUUUUUUUCCUUCUAGAGAUGACUACUUGUUAAAACUCUUGCCUGUGUGUGGCUUGGAAACCCUGGUAGUGUGGUGGUUAAGUGCUACUACGGCUGUUAACCAAAAGGUCAGCAGAACAGAUCCACCAGGCGCUCCUUGGAAACACUAUGGGGCAGUUCUACCCCGCCCUGUAGGGCCGCAAUGAGUCAGAAUUGACUCGACGGCAGUGGGUUUUUUGGUUUUUUGGAUGUGUGACUUAAUGAGUAGUGAAAUGGUUCAGAAAGACAGACAGACAUACAGCUGUGAGGAUAGGAGACACAAAGGCCUAAAUAAUCCAGAGUCUAGAAAGUGGGUCUUUGUAUGAUCAAGAGUUGGUGGUACUGAAAUUGUUCUCAAGUCAUUUUAUGAGACUGAAAUCUUAAAUCACCAAGUGUAAACCUCAGAACGUCAUUCCAAUGCUAAUGUUGUUUGGAUUGGUAUUAAGAACGCCUCUUCAUUCUUUGCUCAUGUUGCCAACUACUCGUGAGUUUGUCUUAGUAACUUUUUUUGACAAUCACUUUCUCACCAAGUUCUUCUAAACCAGUUGGACGUGGUUAUAAUCAUGGAAAGUCGUUUUCAAUCAUGGGUAGUCUUAUUGGAUUGGAAUUCUUUUUCUAUUUAAGAAAAUGUUUUAUUUGCACUGCAGAAUAGACAGAGUUAGUUACUUUCUUCAUUUUUUUUUUCUUUUUUGGAAGUCCUUACAGAGGACUUCACUCCAGAGUUACCCUGUGAGUGUGUUCAGCUCUGGCCCACAAAGGAAGGAUAAAAAUGGUUUGUCUUGUUAUUCUUUUGCGGUGCAGUACUGUGAACCCUACAUCUGUUCACAUGGAAAGCAGUCACAAGCAGCACAGGGCAGCAGGUAUUAAUACUGGUUCAGGUUGUGAGGGGCGAGGUGGGUGUGCUUGGGACCAACACCCCUAAACUGGAAGUUUCUCCGUCACAAGGGCUGGUGUUCUCUGGAGCAGUCACCGGGUGGUGCGUGCUUUAUCAUAACUGUUGUGCACCGAUCCCCAGCAAUUUGGAACUGAAUCCCGGGAACGAGCUGGGGGUGCUGAACUGUUAGGGGAGGGUGACUGUAGCCACGUGGAAGAUAAAAUAUGGGUUUCUCUGCAAAAUUUCCACUUGAGAAUUUUUACAUUUACGAUUUUUUAAAAACAGCUUAGAAAUCAAAGGUUUUUUUCCAGUAUAUUCUAACUGCAGAGUAUGCACACAUACUUCAACCAGUAAAACUGUGGAACACGACUGUGGUGCGCAGAUUCUUCACACGCAAGGAGUCUGUGCAUUUCACAGUGACUUGUUGUUGGGUAAUGAAGUAGUUACAGAUGUCGUUUGUAUCAGUGCUUUCAUUUUCUUUGCAGUUAUUCAGAGCUGUGUUUAUGUCACGCGGUGGACCUUGGUUUUCCUGAAGUGUGGUGUUUACUUCUUUGUGUGUCUGUCUGCACGUUGUGAUGUGUAGGAAUGACCGUGAAGGCUGUGCCAGCUGGAAGUGACUUCCGUAAAGGGCUGGUCACUGUAAAGGGCUGGUUGCGCCUGGGCCUGGUCGGUGAAUGCGCUUUGCAGGUAUUUUAGUAGGCAGAUCACCUUUUCAGAAGUUCAGCUGUAAACAUCAAAAGAAGCAUUUCCUCAACAAAAACUAAUAGCUGGUUCUAUUUUUUUUUAACCUAGAAAAAAUAAAGUUGAUUUUUUUUUUCAGGUAAAGUGCUUUUAAUUCUGAGCGGUGGGGAUGGGCUGCUGGUGUUUGCCAGAGCCGUGUUGUCGUGGAUGCCUGGAGGCAUGUACUUAGCGCGCAGCAGGGCAGCUGGGUGCUGAGCACGGAAGCUGCUGGGGACGCGUCAUGGCUCCCGCUUGGCUGUAAAGGGCUCCUCCCUCCCCGGUUCUCCCCGUCCAGUGGUGUGCUGGCAGCUGUUUCACAAUACACUGUCCUUGGAAAAGACGUGUCCCUGUGUUCAUAAGUUUAUUAUAAACUUCGCUGACAGCAAGGAUAUAGAACACAAUGCACAAAUAAUAUGAAAUAUGCAGUGCUUUAUUGUAAAUGCCAGGGUCAUUUGGUUCUCACAGGCGUUUUGAUUUUUGCUGGACUUUUGUACUAUAGCAAACCUACGAUUGUAAUUCUGCUGUGAUUUAAAAAACGGAAUUGUACCCCAAUCCACCAGCUCACUUCCCAGUAAGCUUAGUGCCAUUCGAUCUGGCAUGUGAUCUACUGUUAAUGUAUUUCUUAUCCUUCUACAAAUUAUACUCAUUAUGUGAAACCACUGUUAGCCUUGGCAGUGAUUUCAAGUUUAUGUAAUUCAAUUUUUAACAACAGCUGUGUUUAACAAGUGACUGGCAAAAUCCUGAAAUUUACAGUCGUUUUUUGGGAGCCCAUAGUAGCAUCGGCUGCACAACACUGCCCCAUUCCUCUUUUUUUUUUUUUUUCCUUAAACCAUUAGUGUUGAAUAGAAGGUUCCUUUGUAGUGCAAAUAGUUUUUGAUCAACUGCUAACCUAAAGGUUGUUAGUUCAAACUCAUCCAGUGGUACCGAGGAAGAAAAGGCCUGGUGAUCGGCUUCCGUUAAGGUUACAGCCCAGAAAACUCUGUGGAGAGGUUCGCCUCUAACACAUGGGGUUGCCAUGAGUCAGAAUCAACUUGAGGGCAACUACCAAGUGUUAACUAAGCUUCUCAUAGUUGCUCCUACUCACUGUUCUCAGGGAAAUUCCUAUGGCUGACCCUGGCAGAGGCUUUAAAGGGUGGGGAAGGAAUUCACAUCGGCCCUACAGACAGUGCUUCUGAUUUUGAAGAAUUUAACAAAAGCAAACUUCUUCAAGUGCAUGGCAAACUUGCAUAUGUCUAAAGUUGGCUUCAGGCUUUCAUUUCUCAAAGCUGUGUAAACCGUGACAUGGACAUCUCUAAGGUUUUAUUGUUGUUUUGAACAUUUAAAGCAUCUUUGUUUAGAUAUUUGUAGAAUAUAUUUGAUCCCAUGGACAAGUUUAUAUGUAUUAAAACAUCUUACACAAUCUACCAAAUAAGUUAAAACAGUUACAGUCCAGUCUACCUCCUCUUUUUCUCUCUGGAUUCAGGCUACUGUUUUGAUGAGGUUGUAAGUUUUUUUCCCUCUUAGGAGUAGUUUUUGUGGGAGACAAAGAUCAAACAGGGAGGGAGAGACUUGAAGACAAAUUGUAGCACUCAGAGAUCUGUUGCUGACCAGCCCUGUUCCUCAUUGGGUUGGUGGGGAGGGGGGAAGCCAUUGUUUUUAAUUUCUACUUAAUACGAAAGUGUUUGUUUUUAAAACAUUUCUUCCUGCUGAAAAGAAAAUGUAUUUUUAAAAGGAAAAAAAAAACUCUUGGCUAUAAGAAAAAGUCAACUGUAAUGGCAGGUGUGACCGCAUCAUGACAUGCUGAUACGAUAUAAAUCAAUAAAUUUUUACCUCUCAAGAAGUGGAGAACCUUUGUCCUUAACUCUUAGAGGAUUGAGACACAUGAACUUAAGUGUCAGUCAGAUUACAUAUAAACACGUACACAAGGAACCUGGAAACCCUGGCGGCGUAGUGGUUAAGAGCUUUGGCUGCUAACCAAAAGCCCAGCCGUUCAAAUUUAUCACGCGCUUCUUGGAAACCCUGUGGGGCAGUUCCACUCUUGUCUUAUACGGUCACUAUAAGUCGGAAUUGACUCGACAGCAACAGGUUAGCACAUGAACCUCGGAGGAGGGCUGGCUAGCUGCUGGAAAUGAGGCAUGCUCUUUGCGGCUCCUUCCAUAUUUCAGAAAAAAAUACCCUUAGUUAGGCAUAUGAUUAAACCCAUUUUACCACAGAGGGAAUUGGAACAAUGUUUUUUGCUAGUGAGCAUGAAGCGUAACACAAAGUUCAUUCCCGCGUUUUCCCCUGGAAAGACUGAGUUGCCUCUCCUUGGAAUAGUUUCUGCCUUUUGGCUGUGAGGCUCGCUCUGGAGACGGUGCGUGUAGCUCUCACAGUUCACGCAUCCGUGGCAAGUGAGGACUCAGUCAUCCUAGUGGUGACAGCAGCUAUCUCAGUGGUGCCAUUGAGAAAGGCAGGGAUCCCAUCCGUAAAAUAUCCAUUGUUGUAUCUUCAUUCCUUUGUUUCGUAUUUAAUGCAGCAACUCUGAGAAGGGUCUCGUCUUCAGCUUUUUACCAGUUGAUGUGAAUCAGGGACUGCUGAAGGACAGCUGAGAGAGAGGAAAAUAAGCAUCUAGAAGUGGAGAGAUCAGAUGAUGGGGGAGUGUUAGGAAGGGAGGGGAACCCAGGAAUGCUGGAAGAUGGGUUUGUAGGGACUGCCUAAGGCUGCUGUCUGCGAACAGGUACGUGCACCCCUGGUUGCUGAAGAUUUUUGAAGGAGUGCCCAAACACAUGCUAGUUUUAACUCCCUGUGAACUCUGCCCUAAGACUGCCAUCCCCGAGGAUCUGCCUGUAGGGACCCCACCUCCCAUUUCAAAUAACAGCCUGCUUCACAGGAGAAAGGCCUACCUCUCAGCCAUUAGGCAUCUCCGUCCAGGUGCCAUACAAAGGCCAAAUUCAAGAUACUGGUAACACCAAAAACCAAACCCAUUGCCGUUGAGUCAGCUGCUUUUAAUCAAAGCAUCUAUAGCCCACAUCUGCACAUUUUCUCUUUCCCUGGUUUAUGUUCAUUUCAGUAAGGACAAAGAAUGGCGUCAGGAAUAGGACCUUGGGCCGGUAUUGAAUGUGCUGAAUUCUAAUAUACUUUUUUUUUAGCAUGGGAUAAUGAGAACAGUGGCAACUCGGGGCUCCCAAAGGCACAAAAGUAGAAGCCACCAAAGCUUGUGGCUUAGGGCCGGAGUUGUCAGUUGCUGCUGCAUUCUGUUGGUUGAAGCGAGUCCCAGGGCAGUCCAAAUUCAGUGUGGAGAGACUACAAAAGGUGUGAACACUGGAAGGCAUGGCUUAUUGGGGGCCAUCUUGGCAAAUUAGCUACCACAGUAAAGAAAAUUCCUCAGCUGUUUUAAUAAAGAGCACUAGAAGGGUCUAGAAGAAUUGCCGCCUGCUGAUAGGUUUGCCUGUAAUUUCCAUAAGGUGGAAAUUUUUUUUAGUUUCCAAAUACUUUGAGAGGAUUAGGUCUGUUGAUCUAUCACUUGUCUAUAUAAGCCACCUUAGUCCAGUGGACACCUCGCUGAAAGAAUAGGGUUUUUGUCUGGGAGUAAUCUGUGUAUUGUUGGCACUGGUUGAUGUGUAACUCGCUGGCUGUUAGAAUUUCAGAGCUGGUUUGAACUUCAGAAGCCACCUUGUUCGGGGAUGACAGAUUUUAUCCUGGUACAAUUUUGAUGCAUUACUUGUGGCAUCUAAUGCUGGAUGGCUGUGCAAUAGAAGAGGACAAAGUGGAAUCAAGUCUCUUGAUUCCCAUUCAAAUGCUCUCCUGCAAACAAUAGAUUGCCUCUUUUGGGUUCCUAUUUUUAGCAAAUGGGUUAAAUCUCAGGGACACUUGCUAAAGUCAUGAGGGAUCCAAAAGCAUCUCUGAUUUCCUUUUCCUAGAUUUUAAAGUAAACACAAUAGUCCCCCAAGCCGUAGAAGACAGGUUUUUCUUUUUAUAUAAAUGUUCCCUCAGUUGUUGCAGAAAUACAAUUAGCCAUGUUAAAAAGUCUGGAACCCAUGAUUUUUAUCUUUUUUAGAUAUGGAAGUGAAAUGAAUUUUGUUUUUAUUUUUGCAUUAAUUUCCAAAUGAAGGGGACAGAAAUUUCAGUCUCAUUUAAAAAAACCAAAACGUUGCCGUAGAGUUGAUUCCGAUUCAUAGCAACCCUACAGGAUAGAAUAGAACUGCCCCAUAGAGUUUCCAAGGAGUGCCUGGUGAAUUUGAACUGCUACCUUUUGGUUAGCAGCUGUAGCUCUUAACCGCUACGCCACCAUGGUUUCCAACCUCAUAAUAGUUCCUUUCAUUUCUGAAUUCCAGGUAUGAAGCUGGCAAUGCAUAAUAAAUUCUACACCACAGUUGCUUCUCAUGCCCACAUGGCCCUCUGUCAUGGAAGCCUUCAGGUCCAAGGCUGUUGUCCAAGUGGGAGCUCACAGAAGGGCAAUAGCACCCAAGACUCCAUGGGCUUGAGUCUCCCUUCUGUCCUGAGGGAAGUUUCUUACCUCUCAGCCUCACUCUCCUCAUGUGUGAAGUGGGAAACUUUCAGAGCACUUGUCAUGCCAAGUGGGAUCACGUAUGUGAAGUAGUCGGGACAGUAGCAAGUGGUUUUAUCCCCCACCCCCCAAAAAAACCGGCUUUUACAAAGGAUGUAAAUGAUUGCCACACCUAGCUGUGCCCAACGUCUGGGUGACCUGUUCUAGGUGUAGAAGUCAUAUCACUAUAGGCUAUAAUUCCCACUGGCCUGUUUUCCAGAGCCUGGAUCCUUUGGGUCUCCUGAGGUAGACUGAAAUGCAACCCGCAUAGCCAAGUUCCUAGCCCCAUCUAAUCAGACUGCAUCUAGUAGACAUUUAUGAAAGGCUCCAGACAGCAGCAAGAAGAAGCUAUGAGGUGAGAGCUCCAAUUAGGAAGGUGAGGGAGACUGGAGCAUAAUGAGGAAAUGGGAUCUGGUAGACAAGACAUUAGAUAGCCUUAAUAGGGGCCUAGUUUUGCUUCGGAGACAUGAAGUCACUUGUGGUGAAGGCCUUGAACUAAUUAUUGAAAGGGAGGGAAAUACAGUUUCCAGUAUUUGGAGGCUAGCCCAGCCCAGAGUUCUCUAUGUUUAAUUCGUAUGAUCCUAAAUAUAAGAGCAGCCUGAACUGAACGCAUCUUAAAGAUUCAGAAAGUAUUUUUGAAAACUUCUUCCUUUCUAAUUGGAAAAGACUCUGAGGUUAAUAUCCUGAGAAUUGACAUUUUGUCUUCCAGUGGUUAAUGCUGUGUAUUCAAUUCUUAGGAAUUUGAGUAGCAGAGGAAUUGGGCAGAUUAGAAUCAAAUAUUAGUGAUGGUUAUUGAGGUAGAAUAGUACAGUACAAAGGAACUGGAGGCGGAGCAGGGGUCAGCAGGUAUGGGUUGGAGGCCCAGCUCUGCUGGGGAGCGGGCGUGGGGAGGGGAUCAAGGUCAUGUUUCAAAGCCUUGCCUGACCUCCAACAAGCUGUCCAGCCCACCACUCACUCAUCCCGACCUCCAAUAAGCUGUCCAGCCCACCACUCACCCAUCCCGACCUCCAAUAAGCUGUCCAGCCCACCACUCACCCAUCCCGAUCUCCAGCAAGCUGUCCAGCCCGCCACUCACCCAGCCUGACCUCCGACAAGCUGUCCUGCCCACCACUCACAGAACUUCCGAGUAUCAACACCAAAAAAUGGGAGCUCCAGGAGAGAGGGGAUGACAGGGGAAGAUGAGAUUAUGGAACAGCUGUCUUAGAGGAGGUCUGGAAAUACUUAGAAGCCACCGUCAAGUGGGAAGCUUGGCAUGAACAAUGACUCAUGGAUCCAAACCUGUGCCUGCCCAGGCAUGACUAUAUUCAGAGCUGUGCCUAGCUGGCUCGUAAUGAAGAGGACCUGACUUUGUUUCCCCCAAAGAAUUGCUGGAAAAGGCAAGGGAAUAAAUGAAUUAAUGAAUGUGGAGUUUAUAAAGCAGUUUCUCCUAGGGGGCAGAGAAAUGGAAUCAUUGACUACCCCGGGCUUCAGAAUCUGCAUUUUAAAGUGAGAAUAGCAAAAGGCAUCCUGUGUGAGUGGUGGCAAGACUGUGUCAGGAGCAGCAUUGACUCAGGCUCUAAUGGGCUCCUUGAUUCGGCCUUGAAAAAGGAAGGAAAGGAGUGACAGGUGGAUUCAGAACAUAGGCUCAAAGACUCUGAAAACCCACAGACAAGAAGGAAGUGAAGAAAAGCCCGAGCCACUGAGGGUUUGCUAGCAGCUGGAAGCGGGAAAGGGCUAGGUCGAGUGAGGCAAGAGGGAAGCCUCGUUCAAGGACUUCCUCCCGCACCCUCAGCCCUGACAUCUGGGUGGCACGGGCAGUCCGUGUGCAUAUCACUGAGGCUCAUUGUGCCCAGGCUGCACUGCCUGUGGGCUCCAGCUUUUCCCCUCAACCCUACACCCUACCCAGGAGGCAGUAAGCUGAGUACAGCCCUUCCUUCCUGCACAGGUGGAGAUGGGGGAGAACCUCCCAUCGUGGCCUUGCCCGUCCACUACGUGCUCAGGAUUUACUCGAUGGACCUUAUUCCUCAGGUUGGGGUGGACUGGAACCACAUGGUCCCAGAAGUUUCAGUUUGUUGCCUUGACUGGCACUUUUAAGAGAACGUGCUCACCAUCUUUACUUGGGAUUAACUUUGAUGAGUUUUUGGUCAUUUGAGGCUGUUGUGUUUUUGUUUUGUUUUUAAAUUUCUGUGACGGAGGCUCUGUGAUCCUACGUUACUCCUCUAUCUUUAAGUCUCCUAAUGUAUUUAAAGAUUCCGUUUUUAAUGAGCCUGCUCAGUUCAUGCCAUAGUCACGAUGGUUAUUCAAAGGAAAGCACACCUGACAACAUCUGUGUUACCUACAGCCGAAGGGAGAAAAUAGUAUGAAGAAUUAGGAGGCUUUUCUUCUCUUUUGUGGUCUGAAGGACUUCCUAGUUGAGGGGAGAUUUCCAUCACUGAUAGAAAGAAGGGAAAGGCUGAGUUGGGAAGCACAGGCUGCUAAUCAGAAAGUGACAGUUCCCUUAACUUCCACUCCUUGGAAAAUGCCUGCUGCAGAGAGGGUAGUGAGAAGUGGUCAAAGAAAUGUUCAGUCUUUAGUACAAUGUUGGUGAUUUAUUAACACACGCAGUGGUCCAUGAACUGGGCAGCAUCCAAACAGGAAGUGGAAAGGAGUUCCGACAAAAGGAAAAAACUCCAGGGUUUACACAGCAAGAACAAGGAGGUUAAAGACUUAAUUGUGGUUUGUUGUGGUUGUUGGGUGUCGUUGAGUCCAUUUCAAGUCAUACUGACCCCAUAUGACACAGUAGAACUGCCACGUAGGGUUUCCUAGGCUCCCCAGGUCUUUCUCCCACAGAGCAGCUGGGUGGGCUUGAACAACCAACCUUUCGGUUAGCCAGCCAAGGGCUUAACCAGUGCGCCACCAUGGCUCCUUUAAUUAAGGUUUAACAUUUGCAAAAAUAGGGUAAUGGGUGCUCAAAUAACAUCAUAAAUGCGAGUAGUUGGUGAUCAUGUGGUCUUCUGUCAGUGAUCUCAAGGGUGACCUGAGGAAUUGUUACUAUAGGCACAGAGCACUUGUGGGUCACUGGGCACAAUAAACCCAAGGUGUGUUAGUUAUUUAUGAGCAGGUAAAUUCCUUAAAGUUUGAGGCAGUUUUGAUCUUUCAGUUGUUAAGCUCCAGCAAGUCUGGGGGGUAUAAGUUUUUAUUUUUAUAGAAACCAGCGAGAUGAUCCUUGGGAGCAGGUUUGGAGAACCUUUAAAACACCACAAGAAUGAGCGAUAGUUACAGUUGGAAUCAACAACGAGACAGACCCUUUCUUGUCACUAGAAGAGAAUUCACAAAGAGGUUGGGCAAGCCUGUGUCAGGGGUGCUGGGUGGGAGAAUCGGUGAGGGUUGACCAGCUGGCCCCGAAUGAGCUCUUGUCACAGGAACAAUGGUCAAAGCUCCCAUUGUGACUAGAAAGACUGGUUUCUCUCUGUGUUCAGAGAAGGGAAAAAACAAUGAGCUCAGCUUGGCAGAGCACAGGGUUCAUUUUUCUCUCAACAUUUGCUGAGACCUCUCCCUGAACAUCAAACCACCAGGUAGGACCAACUACGUAAUUGGUGAAAUGGAGCCCCUGGGUGGCACGCGCAAUUUGUGCUUAACAGCUAACCUAAGGUUGGCAGUUUGAACCCACCCAGCAGUGCCACAAAAGGCAAGUUCUGGCGAUCUGCUUCUGUUCAGAUAACCGCGAAGAACACCCUGUGGAGCAGUGCCAUCCUGUAACACGCGGGGUCGCCACGAGUCAGAAUCUGCUUGGUGGCAACUAACGACAAAUGCAAAAUGAAAAUGCAGAGCCCCUUGUUCAAAAAAUGAUAAAGAAUUUCAAGACGGUGACAGAUGGACAGUAAACCAAGCUCAGGCACACGCCUGUGAAGGAGCAUCAGGGAGGAAAUGACGACCAGGAAGGCUCCAAGGCCCUGGGAGCCCUCAGUGCCCUCUCUGUCUCCCUCCAGGGCACUGCACCUGGUGUUCUCCACGAGGCUGAGAAAAGAGCAGCAAGCACAGAGCCUUCCCGUAAGCCAGGCAGGAAUCUCGGUGCUUCACACACACUAACUGAUGAUCUUUACAACGCCCCGUGGGUUGGGUACUGUUAUUAUCCCUAUCGUGCAGAUCUAUAUCUCUAGAAAAGAACAGUAUGUUUGAUAAAGUAGAUGGCCAACUGCGAUUUGUAUUGUUCUCACAUGGAUUUCUUCUUUUUUUUUCCUUUUCCUUUCAUCAUUGCCUGCAAUCGUCCAUUCGCUGGGUUGUCUUCUUACCCCACCUACUGUCCAUUGACACCACAGAAACACCAGGAGCAGAGAAGAGGGGGCCAGUGGGGUGGCCAGGAGGGGGCGAGCUCAGUCACCCGCGGUGUACUGAAUGGACUGAAAAGGAGGGGAGAGAGGACAAAACUGUAUCACCAUUGUUUGGCAGCAUCUUGACACUCCAGGAACGGUACCACAGCGAUCAGCUGUGGAACUGCUGAAAAAGGAGCGCUGAGAAGGGCCUUCAGAACCAAGGCAGCAGUGAAGGGGCUUAGUUCCUAGAGGCUUCCUAGAGGGAGAGACCCAAAGCCCAGGGAAGGAUUCAGGGUAAGCCUGGAUGCUGGCUGGAGGCCACUAGAUACUCCAGGCAUGCUUGCUCUCCUGGGCCUGUCCUGGCCAGUCUGAGGCUAGCCUGGGCUCAGCAGGCUUGCUCUGAGCUUCAGCCAAGCCCUUCCUUCCCUCGCCCGGCACCCAUCAUUUGGCCGCAUUUCCCCAAAACCACUUUCUAGGCCUGGCUGCCUCCAGCACCAUUCUGAGAACCUGGCUGGCAAGCAAUGGAUUGUCCAGUCCAGAACCCCUGAAAUUGCCAGCAAAGGAACAGGUUUAUGAUUGUUAUUCAUUUGUGAGGGGGAAGCACCAGGCCCAGGAAACAAGGAUCUGAGGGUGUGAUCCCAGCUCAGCUUCUUUUAGCCAGAUAGGUCCUGUUUCCACAUCUACAUGCAUAGAUCAGCCCUGCUAUGCCCACCUGGCAGGGUUACUGUCAGAUCAAUGGAAACAAAGUCUGCAAAUGGAAGUUUCAAACAUGGGGUUUUACCUAAACGGAACAUAUAAAACCAUUGUCUCCUGCAGCUGUGCCUGGCAUUGCCUAGACCUAGUUUUUAUGAUCGCUUACUGGCACACGCACUGGACUUGGUCGUUUGGAACUUGUUAGCUUGGUAAACUCCUUUUUGUCUGGAAGGUAAAUUAGAUGCUCAGACAGGCCAGUAAUGAGUUCUCACAUGGUCGUGGUACAAUGGAAGGGGCGCUCCAUCUGGGGUCAGAGCCUGGGAGCCUCGCUCUAGAUCCAACUCUUAGGAGCUCCGUAGCUUUGGACAAAUUAUUUGAUUUUCUAGAGCCUCUUGCAACUCAUCCAACAAAAGCGAUUAUUAUACCUGCCCUGUCUGCCUCCUGGGUACUCAGGAAGUUCAAGUUAGAUGAAGACGAGUCUAUGCAAGAGCUUGCGAGAUGGUGAGGCGCUGUGUGAGCCUAAGGGAUUAUUACCAAAAGGCUAACUUGAUUUCUCAGGAUAUAUCUACCCAUCAGGCCUGGUGUUGACUUGGAGAUACAGACAAGACCCGGAAACAUCUGACAUCUAAGAAAGAAUGCACAAAGAGAAAGACUCACUUUCUUACUAGCCAGGGUACCAGUAGUUGUAACUAUUAUGGUGGUGGUGAUUGUGUGAAGCUGAGGAUUGGAGCAGCUACAGACAUCCAGCAACUGUGAGAAGAAAGUCAAAAACGUUGUAGAGAAGCUAACUCAAAGCCCUGAUAUUGUCACUGCUCAAUAAAAAGUCUUGGAAUUCCCUCCAGGCUUCUUGAUAUGUGAGACCAGGACUGGCCUGUGGUUUAAGCCAUUUGUAACCUAGUAUUCCAUUGACAAGAGAACUAAGGAUAAUACCUGCCAUGGAAGAGAACUUGGCAAUGUGCAAAGCAUUUUUACAUUCAUUUAUCUAAUUUGAUCCUCACAAUAUACAAGAUGGUGAUCUUAUCCUGUUUUUAGACAAAUGAGGAAACUGAGGCCAGAGAGGAUAAAUGACCUCCAAAGCCACACAGCUAGAGGUGGAAGUCUGAGACCAUCCAUCAGGGCUCCUGCUCCACCCAGAGAGAUGGAGGCUGAAGCUAAACAGAAGUAGGUGCAAAUGCCGCAGACAGCUGAAAUGGAAGACCAGGCAACUCCCUGCCUUCACCUCCCAGACGAGUUUUAGGUAAAAGAGAAUCUGAUCCUUGACUCUUGGUCAGCCAUUAGGUCAAAGAGGAAACUGAGCCCACGAGUCGAACCCUGCUCUGGGAACUGGUCAGCGCAGUAGUGGAGAGACAGACAGAUGAAGGAAGUGGCGUGUCCUACACCAGCUACAGGGAGCUCCUUGAUGGGCAAAGGGAAAGAUGAGAAAGUGUAAAGCAAGGAUUGGUAGCCUUUCCAAAGCCUGGGGCCAGCUGACUUCCUGGAGCACACCUGGGUAUCAGCGAUCUGGCCUGGAGAGACACGCCAUCCAGAAGGGUGAUGAGACUGUUGGCAGCAGGGCAGGUCCUGUGUGCGAAGCUUUCCAGAGAGGGUGAGCUCUGAACCAAGAAAGGAGGAAGGACCAUGGGAGUAGCCAGAGAGGCUGGGAAGGGGCCUGGAAGGGGAUAUAAUUAAGUUAUGUGAGGGGACAGGUUGGGUGCUGGCCCCAUGGCCCUUCUGGGUGCAGCAAAUCCCUACGCAGGCAUCACUGACAGUGGGAAGCUGAGAGGAAUCUAGACUUUAUUCUCUGUUCUUCAUUCCUUCAUCUUUUUCUUUCAAUCGGCAAAUAUGUACUGAGUGCUUCCCAUGUGCUUGGCACUGAGCCAGGUGCUGGGGACACUGCAGUGAACCAAACUAGCAAGGUCUCCUGAGCUGCUAUUCUAGUGGGGAGAAAUGUAAAACAAGAAAACAACCAAAUAAUUUUAUUUGUAAGUGCCACGAAGAUCAAACCAGGGAGAUGUGAUAGAGUGAGACUGACAGGGUGGGGGGUAGUUUAGAUGCGGAGAUCAAUGGAGACCUGGUGACAAGGAAGAGGCAGCAUGUGAGGACCUGGGAAGAGCACCCCAAGGGGUGGGGAUCGCGGGGGCAGCAAGAAAGCUGUGAGCAGGAGGGGGCAGACUGAAGGGCUGUGAGACUCGGGAAAGUGAGCAACGGAGCAGGGAGAGCUGUGGCAAGGAGCCUGGAGAGAAGGCCUCCAAGAACCACAUAAGGAUUUUGCUUUCAUUCUGAGCCCCGUGGAAUCCACUGGGGUUUUAAGUAGAGCUAAUGAAACUUUUCUCAUUUAUGGGUUUUCCAAGGUGCAUGAGUGCUGGGUGGAGCGCGGAGGAGAGCGGUGGAGGCGGAAGCAGAGGCCAGUGAGGGGUGACUGUAGUACGCACGCUGGAGAUGGGGUGGCCUGAGGCAGCUCAGACAGAUUCAUGGUACGUUUUGGAGGAAGAGCUCGACUUGAUUUGCCAAUGAAUGUAGAAGUGAGAGAGAGAUGAUGACUCCUUGCUUCGUGGUUUCCUCAUCUGCAGAGCAGUACCUAGCCCAUAGCAAACUCUUGGAGUACUUAGAACAGUGACCAGCACACAAGCAAUCACUCAAUGAACAUUACCUAGAGCUGAGCCUGUUUUACUUCCACCUCCAAGUUCGGUCAUGACUCCCAAGCUUCGGUCACUCCUGCGCAGACAAGAGGCGACUGCUGGCUGGAUGAAGCCUUCCUCAAGUGCAUUAAACAAGUCCAAAUAGGAGGAAAUGAAUGGAAAGGGGUUCAAGAACUCCGGAUGGGAGACAACCAAAUGUGCAGUGGGAGCUGAAGGAGUCCCAUGAAAGUGCCGGAUCCAGAUCCACGAGGUGAGGAAACCGAGGCAAAAAGAGGUGAUGUGAUUGCCCUAGGAAAAACAAUAAGUGGAUUCAAAUCCAGGCAGUUGGGCUCUAGUGGCUUUACUCAGACGCGGUAUACUACCACUGGGAACAGAAGUCACACAGAUGACGAACCAGAAGCCUGGGUCCCUCCAUGUCACACGGAUGUCUGCCUGGCUGAAGAUUCAGGUUAAGGGAUCUCUUGUCAGCAAGGAUCAGCCAUCCACACAGGGCUUUUGGUGGGAGGAAACGUCAGAUCCCACAGGAUGCUGGGGUGCUCAGGCCAGAUAGAGGAAGAAAGCACCAGCCUGUGGGGAGGGGUGGGAGCCUGAAGGCCUGGGGGCAACUGGGUGGCCUGAAACCGGGACAAGCAGAGGAAAGAAGGGUGUUCUGGGGUAAAAUCAUCACGGAAUUUAUAAAAAAAAAUAGUAAAGCUAAAAGAAAGGCUUUAUUUGGCGUAUGUUCAAAGGUAAAAGUGGGAAUACGGAGAAGCAGGCUGCCAGAGCCCUGUCUGCUGAAGUGCAAGGAACUUACAGAAUCAUCAGUGUGUGUUAACAUUACAAAAGAGUAAACCACCUAAAGCUUCACCUUUCAUCCAUUGGCUAAAAACUGCCAAAUCCUGUGAUUCUACAUUUUGAAUUGCCUUUCUUAAUAAUCAUUGGUACAGGUUUCAGUAACAACAGUCAGGAGAGUCUUCUUUGGUCCAACAAAUCUUACUAUUCCCUAAAUGCUAACAGAAAAAGAUAAGAGUGGAAGGUAUUUUUGUGUUCUGUUUAUGGUUUGUUUAUGUGAAAGUUUCCCUAAAAGAUGUUUUCUAAGAUUGUCCUAGUUAUUGUCUAUAGUUCAGGCCCAGUUGAUAUGUCCUUGUGAGUCCUUGUGGGUCCAGCUCCAGCUAGGUCACAUUCCAGCACAGGAAACAAGCCUAAAUCAAGGGUCUCAGAAUGUCAUAUGAGAGUGGGGGCCCCAAGAAGCCCAUGUUUAACCAGGGGCCCUGGUGAGGCCAACAGGGCCAGGGGCACUGGCUUCGUUUCCCUCUGUGGGGGCGACUACUAUUAAAAGGGAGUGGGGGGGGGUUGUCAUUCUCAUAAAAGAUUUUAGGUGGCUUUCAAGAAUCCAUGUUAUAAAAGAGACAUAUAAAUAAUACAAUAAAAAUCAGGCUGACCAGAGAAAACGCCUAGGUGUACAGGGGUACGUAACCCUUUGGCUAUCUGUGCCUGGCCUGGCAUAUAUCCUGCUAGGGCAGGAAGCCAGGAGAGCACAGCAGAGAAUAUGCUGGAACUUUGCUGGGUGUCUAGGCAGCAGAGAGGGCUGGAAUGUGGGUGGGGGACCAGAGCCCACUGCAGAGGGAUACCUAAGUCAAGGGCAGACCCGGAAGGUGCCACCUGUGCACACGGGGCCAGGGCCCCUGGGCAUUGGGCUAUGGCCACCCUUGUACAAGGGCCCCAAGACUGGCCUGUGUCUGUCCUCUGGGACAAGAUGACCCCAACGUACCCGCUCAGCUACUUGAUUACCUCCUGGGGAAUCCUUGGAAGGAACAGAGGAAAGGCAUUCGUUUUUUCUCCAUGCCCUGUGGGCACCACCUCAGCCAGUGUGAGGGGAGGCCAGUGUGUCUUAUUUGCCUGUGUGGCCAGGCCUGGAUGUCCUAAUGGCUUGGCAGGCCUCCAGCAUCACCCAGUUAAAAACUUCCUGGAGGAGGAGCAGGGUGGGACAGGAAGUGCAAAUUCUGGAGAUUAGCUCAGUGGGUUUGCAAACCUGCUUUCUGACCUGCUUGGUGCAGCAGUCCAUGGCAGGGGCUGAGCUGGUCCAAGCACAGAGCUUUAUUUUAGCUUAGAACAACCUCCAGCUCCCCAGGUAGACAGACAUGUGCUGGAAGAGACAAACAGGAAGUCAGAGAGCCAGCCCAUACAGCCCUAAGGCUGCGCUCAGGCCUUUCUGGUGCUUGGUGCCCUUACAGUGCCUGGGCCUGGACAACUUCACGGCCCCCCUUCCCCACACACCUGCUCCUUACCUCACCCGCCCAGGCCCCAGGCCUUCCUAGUUUGGAUUGUGCCUGGGGCAGUGAUUUUGCACUGUCUUGCCGUUGCCAUGACAAUUUGCAUAUGUAACGUUAUCUUAGGCCGCACUUCCUGGAGUCAGCUGAGAUUCCUGACUGCCUUUGGCCUGCAAGCCCUUAGGUCCACGAGGCCCUGAGUCAGGCAGCUCCUCCCACCUCCCCAGUUCAGCACAGACUCAGCCAGCAGAGAGCACAGAGGACUCAGAUUACACUGAGGCCUUUUCUGACAAUCCCCUAAUGCUCCAAAGCUUUGGGGAGGCAGGCCUGCUCUCCACAAGCAGACAAAAGGAGAAUAAUUAUAACAAAAUGAUAACUAGCUAGUGUUUGUUGGGCUUGACUAUUUAAUGGAAUCUUCACAAGUUUAGAAGUUGGCAGUAGAAGUUAAGUGUUAUUUUUCUGUCUUUGUUAAAGAUAAGAAAAUUAAACCCCCAGCAAAAAAAAAAAAAA